AACUCUGUCGAUUCGUUUAGACCUUUGCAUGAUUUUUUCUUUUCGUUACUCGUAUCGCAUUAUCGAUAUGAUAAGAAUAGUGUCACUGUUUACCAGUGUUUAUUUUUGACAAAUUGCAAAUUCGUAAACGAAGACUUUCUGCAGUAUAUACUAUCUUGUUUGCAAACAUACGAAAAUUCCUCGUGUAUUGUCUUUUUAUUAGACAUGUAUCUUAAAUUGUCAAUGGCUUAUUCACUAUAAAUGGUACAUAGAUAUUUUCAACAUCGCAGCGGGGAAAAUUAUAAAUUGGUGAAAUAAGUGGAUUCGAUAUAAUCGAUUAGGUAUGUCUUGUCAGAUUAAGGGAAUUGCAAAUUUAACCAAUACAAGCAAUAUUAAAGAGGUACUUUUUGGUGAUUCUACUAGAAAAUUUGACAUUCCACAGGAUGAGUUACCGCUUCAAGAUUGUUUCGUAUCACUGUCAUCUGCAGGAGAUAUACUUGCUAUGGCAUAUAAUACAAAGAUGAUUAUAUUAAUUUCAAGGUGGGAUUCGUUAGAACCAGAUGAGACAAAAACUAAGUUUCAUAUGGUAUGGUAUGGGGAAGUUGUAAAAGAGCCAAACGAAUGGAUAACGUCUGUGAUUUGUUUACCUUUAUUGUCAUUGGGAAAAAUUAGCGGUGGACCUAAUCCAGAUUGGACAUGUAUCGUAGUCGGUUUUAAUACUGGUUUCAUUAGGUUCUACACAGAAACAGGUGCAUUAUUGUUAGGGGAACAGUUACACAACGAGUCUGUCAUAGGAUUGAAAUGCCAGUCUUUUCGUUCAGCUAAACAUUCAGGAGACGUUAGUUUGGCUGAAGAACUACAUGUAAUUUAUAAUAAUGUUGUAUGUAUAUUGCAAGGUUUUCCUUUGUUUUCAACAUUACGUGCAUGCCGAAAUCAUUUGGCCAGAGUUCAAGCAAAUUGCGAUGAUUUACCACCCAUCACAAAUUUAUCGUAUAAAAAAUGGGGUUACAAAAAUCAGGAUAUCAUAAAUGAUUCAGAAGUAAUCGGCACCACUUCUGUAAAUAGUUUUGAUCAUUUAAUGACAGCUUCAAUAUGUGGUGGAUAUCAUGCAUCUUACAGAUUCAGUGCACCGCAACACAGUUUAGUUAUUGCAACCGGCAAAAGACCAUUUGUUGGUUUUCAUUAUGCAUUGGAAGGUGGCGCAGCUCCUGUGUUAUCCGAUGUUGCUAUAGCAAUGGCCAGCAAAUUAGCAAAUGCUAUUGGAACUGCUGUUCCUUGGUUUCCACUUAGUUGGGGGAAUUCAAAACAUCAGACAUUGCUCGAGGCAUCUAAAACAACUCAUGAACCAAUUGAACCAAUGACUUGUAGGUUUGGUUUAAGCGAUGUUACACGAGAGGGUUAUUCGGUUGUAACCAGUCCAAAUAAAAUGUUGUCUGUAAUAUUAGACGUAAUGGGUAGAAUAAUAUUAAUAGAUAAUAAACAUGGUAUAGCCACAAGAAUGUGGAAGGGUUAUCGCGAUGCUCAAUGUGGAUGGAUCGAAGUAGAGGAAGAAAAACAUUCUGGAAUGAACAGAGUAUUUAAUAAAUUUAAACAAGCAACGCAUUUGCGUUCUGCUUUAUUUUUAGUUAUUUAUGCUCCAAAAAAGGGUGUAAUAGACAUAUGGGGUACUCAACAGGGUCCUAAAAUUACUACGUUUACGGCUAGCAGACAGGGGCGAUUACUUUAUAUCAAUUAUGGACUUUUUGGUACAAACGAUAAUAUACAUCUACCGAAGAAUAAACCACAAUAUUCAUGUGUUUUUAUGGACCCACUGGGCGGAUUAAAAGAAAUUACUGUCCCAUUUCAUUUUGCACUUAAUAGUAAAAAUGGUAAAAGAGCUCGUGAUAUACAUCUUCUUAAAAAAUUAAAGACGUUUUUACGCGAAGAAGAAUUUGACGAGGAAAAAUUAGUAUCAGAAAUUCACAAUGUGUGUACAGAUUUGAAAACGAAUGAAAUACGAGUACAUGUAAUAGAAAUGUUAAUAACAAAUAAACACAUUACACCUGAUGCUUUGCUCGCAGCCACAGACUGUUUCAUUGAAAAAUUAGAUGAAUAUGACAAAGAAGAGAUGGAAUACACAACAAAGACUCUCUAUUUAUUAACUAUGCAGUUACAGCAGUUGAUUAAAUUUUAUAAACACAUUAGUUUCCAUUUUGUUAGUUCCGAAGAUCACUGUUAUCCUACCAAUGAUGAUGAAUUGACUAGUAGUGAUUUAGCCUCGAUUUUGUUAACUUCAGAGAGAGAAGUUUGUAGAAUUUUCAAACUAUCGGAUACAAUAAAUUAUUUAAAAUGUAGAAAGCUUAAGAUGGAAAAUAAAGUAAAGUUUAAAGAAGAUGACAAAAUCUUCUCAGAUUUUUUAUCUUGUUUUGAACUUGGGACAUUAGGAUUGAUAGAUAUUAAAAAAGGUUUAAAAAUGGAAAAGAAACUUGAAAUUUCUCAGUUAAUAUAUGGAGGAUGUAUGUAUUCAAAUGAUAGAAUUCAAAGUUGGAAAGAAACAGCUGUUAAUAGUGGUAUUCAACCAUAUGUUUUAAUGGAAUUUGCUUUAAUCUAUUGGCUUAAUAAAAAAAGACAGAUGCACUUAGGAGUAGAACUGAAACAAUUCACACAGCUUUUAAAUGCUAUUUGUUCAAUAGCUAAUGUUGAAGAAAUAUGUGCAGAACACAAUGAAAUAUCUUUAUGGUGGAAAAAUGUUCGUAACAUUCUUUCUGAUUCAACAAAUUCAUUUAAUGCUCUUAGUGCUGCUUUAGCAUGUAGAGCUGUUGCUAUGUUUUUAGUAAAGCAUAAAGAAAAGUGGGUCGACAAAAUUCCAGACAAUAAUGAUACUGAAAAUGUAGAAUGUGUUAGUAAUUUAAAGUUAGACAAUGAAAUAUACAAUUUGACAAGUGAGUGGGAAAAUGUUACUAAAGAUGGCUGUCAGUUUACGUUACUUAUUGGAAAUCUCGAAGAUAUUACAAUUUUAGAUGCUAUCAUAAGCCAACAACCUCCAACAGAUACCACAACACAAUUUUUUGCAUUACCAUAUGUAAAAUUCGAUAUCUCGUUAGGAUCAGUUCUUUCGAGAGGAAAAGGUUCGGUGUCAGAGAUUGUUGCAAAAUGGAUUGCUUCAACGGGUAUUGAUCCAUCUCAAUUAGUAGAUGCAACGGAUAUUGAGUUUCAUCAAACGCAGUUAACAAAUGACUCUUCCGAAGUAACAAAUUUCUUAGACGAAGCUAGUAACGUUAUCGAUGAUUCGCAACAGGACUCAAUAAAGUUUUCUACGAUAGACAAUGAAUUUAAGAAUGAAUCAGAGGGUAAUACCGUUGCCAGUAAAUGUAUUUUAGAACGAAUUAGACUAUUAAAGCGUCAUUUUCCAUACAGUUUAACUAGUAGUGUUUUACUAGCUAAUUUAUGUUGGGAAUUUGCAAUGUCAUGGAAUAAGGAUAUCUCGCAACUAAACUCUCUUGAAGCUGCAUUAUCCAUUUUACGACAAAUACCAAUGAAACAUAUGAGGCACGGCGUAUGUUGUCUAUUAUGGUCAGUUCACAUAAAAAAGAGAAUGGAAGCAGUUGCAAAAUUAAUGAAUAAGCUUGGAAAACUACCAAAGGAAAGGUUGUGUAUUCAAGAAGUUGGUUUGACCGACGUACAGAUAGUUACAUUUUUACUACAUUGUAUCACAUUUUUGGAAAUAUUUAUUGACUCUGAAGUACUUGAAGCUGGUGAAAGUACAGUAGUGAAGUUGGAAGAAAUACUGGAAGGAUGCAUUUCCGGUUCGCAACCAUUCGCGGCAUUAGCUAUUUCACAGCCACCAGCUUCGUACUGUCUAAUACUUUUACAUGUACAGGUAGCUAAUGUGUUAUACAUGAUGGCACAUUUUAAUCUAAAAGUAACAAAACCAUUAAACAAUUUAUUUGAGUCUGUGGUGCAACCAUACUUUUUUCAAACUAUAACCGAUGAAGUGGUACUCACAUGGUAUAGAGACGAUAAAAGGGACAGUGUAAGAACCGAAUUCUUAUGUCGAAUAAUUACCGCAUCGAUGGAUUUCAUUCAUCAACAGACCACAGAUGCUAACACAUUAAGUUCAACACAAGCUGUUCAGUGGAUGAGCAGAUGUCAAACGUUAGCGUCGAUUUGGAAAAUUAAAAAUGAUGAAUUAAGGAUACACCAAGUUUGUCAAUUAUACGUGAAUGGUUUUGAUCAAUUAGCGGAGGAGGUUGUUACAGCAGUAAAUGAUGUUGAGAAGUUAGGGGUAAAACUUGUACCAAUUGCUGGAAGAAGAUUGUUGUCAUAUCUUUCGAGAUCACUUGAUCUUUUAGAGGAAGUUGCUCGUAUAAAUCCUGCUCUCACGCAAUAUUUGAUGAAUCUAAACGUACCGGAUGUGAUUUGUACAAAUUGUUCGAAUGACGACACUAUCGAAUUGAUAAGAAGAAUUUCUAGAUAUUUACCUGAAACGCAUUCUUAUUAUCACCUCGUGCAAAUGAUGUUAGAUGCGAUAUUCGUUUACGAAAAUGCAACACGUUAUCCCAAUGUUUAAAAUAAAACUAAUUAGUAGCAAGAAAUAAGUUUAAUAAAAAUCUGUCCACAGUUUGGUUUUGCUUUUAAUCUUCUUGUAAUUAAUAAUAAGCAUUCUGUUGCACCGUAAAUAAUUAACAGUAAAUAUGUCGUACGAUGUUGUUGAUAUAU